AGGAGGCAGCAGCGCAUCCCCCGGGGGGGUGUCGGCGAAGAUGUCGCUUCGCCGCGCCUACUCCAUCAAGGACAAGCUCCAGGCCAUCGAGCGGGUGAAGAAGGGCGAGCGCCAGGCGUCGGUGUGCCGGGCCUUCGGGGUGCCGGGGGGCACCCUCCGGGGGUGGCUGAAGGACGAGGCGAAGCUGCGCUGGUUCCUGGAGCAGCUCGGGGGCGAGGUGGGCACCCAGCGCAAGAAGAUGCGCUUGGCCAACGAGGAGGAGAUCGACCGCGCCGUCUACGCCUGGUUCCUGGCGCUGCGCCAGCACGGCAUCCCGCUCUCCGGGCCCCUCAUCCAGGCGCAGGCGGAAGCCUUCGCCCGCCAGAUCUACGGGCCGGAAUGUACCUUCAAGGCGAGCCACGGCUGGUUCUGGCGCUGGCAGAAGCGCCACGGCAUCUCCAGCCAGCGCAUCUACGGCGAGGGCGGCGCGGCCGCCGAGCCCGAGCGUGCCCCGGCCGCCCGCGCCGAGGCUCUACCUGACGCCGGGGGCUACGGCGACGAGCAGAUCUACAACGCCAACGUCACCCGGCUCUUCUGGAAGCUUCUCCCCGGCGGCGUCCCAGCGGGUUCGGCGCGGCCGCGGCGGCGCGGCGAGCGCGUCACGGUGCUGCUGGCCGCCAACUUGACCGGCGCCCACAAGCUCAAGCCGUUGGUGGUCGGGGGGCUCCGGGAUCCCGCCAGCCUCCGGCAUCACAAUCAGGAGAAGUUCCCGGCGUGUUACCGCUACAGCCGCGAGGCCGCGCUGGCGCCGGCGCUGCUCCGGGCGUGGUUCUUCGAGGACUUCGUGCCGGGGGUCAAGCGGUACCUGCGGCGGAGCUGCCUCCAGCAGAAGGCCGUGCUGCUGCUCAGCUCGGCGCCGGCCCGCUGCGGCUCGGGCCGGGAGGAUUCUCCGCCUCUGCAGACGCCCGACGGGUCCAUCCGCGCGCUCUUCCUCUCCAAGGCUCCCGCCGGGAGCGGCUCUGCCGGAGCGGGAGGCCGGAUCCCGGUGCCGCUGGAGCAGGGCGUGGUGUUGGCCUUCAAGCAGCUCUACAAGCGGGAGUUGCUGCGCUUGGCCGUGUCCUGCGGCGGCCCCGGCGGCCCCGGCGACUUCGUGAGGUCCUUCCUCCUCAAGGACAUGCUGUACCUCGCCGGGCUCUCCUGGGAUCUCAUCCCGCCGGGAUCCAUCGAGAAGUGCUGGCUCCUGGGGCUGCGCGCGGCCUUCGAGCCGCAUCCCGGCGAGGAGGAGCGCGGAGAACCCCCAGGAGCGGGGCAGGAAGGAGGAGGAGGGGACAGCAAAGUCUUCAGCGACCUGACCCACCUGGCAGCACUGGCCUUCAAGCGCUUGGCUCCCGAGGAAGUGUCCGACUGGCUGCACUUGGAUGACGCCGCUCCGGGCACGGAGGAGGAUGAGGAGGACGGAGAAGAGGAUGCGGACGAGGAAGGCGCCGAGGAAGACGAGGAGGAGGAGGAAGCAGCUGGCGGCAGAGGCGGCGGGGAAGGAGGAGACCCGUUGCUUCCCACGGCUCGGGAAGCCAUCCAGGGCCUGGAGACGGCGCUGCGGUGGCUGGAGGGGCAGGACCCCCGGGAAGUGGGGCCGCUGAAGCUGCUGCAGCUCCGCUCCCUCAUCUCCACGGCCCAGCGGCUGCGCCGCGGCCGCAGCCCCCCCGCCUAGGCCGGGGGCUACCGCUGCCCACAUCUGGGCUACCGACCGCCCCCACUUGGCCACGGGGCCGGGAACGCCCCGUUAUCCGGAGGUGCCGCCCGUCCCCGCCAGGAUUCCUCCUGGGGAUCAGGAGGCUGUGGGUCGCAGUUUCGGGGAUUGCCGGGCGCCGGCUCGCGUUCCGGGGUUGUCCCUCGCCUCAGCGUGGUGAGGAGGUGCUAUUUUUUACACCCCUGGUCGCUGGUGCUGCCAGAAGGGGGGGUGAGUGCCCCCCCCAAAAUUCCCCGGUCGCCCCAAUCCCAUGGGAAGAAGGGGCACCUUCUUGGUGUCACCGGGAUUAUUGGGGAUAAUAUCUCGGAGCAGGGCCCAGCCAGCUGGACAGGGACCACUCCCAAGGUGCUGUAGGGCAAAUAUUCCACCCUGGAAGAGGUUGGUGAUGCCCUUCCCACUGCUGAAACAAAAGCCAGGAUGGUUUGGGGCCGGUUGAAGGCAACUCCGUGCAUUGGAUUGGGAAAGGGACGCUUGAGUGGCAUCCAAGAAGCUGCAGCUCCCUGGAAAAGGUCACCACCACCACUCCCACCACGGCUGGCAACACCUGGACCACGGAGAGCUGCCGAACCAGGUACCUCAUCCCGGCAUCCCCGCGGAGCCGAAGGCUCCGGGAACGGGCCGUUCCUUCCCGUUGAGGUUUUGUGGGGUGGUUGGGGCUGGACGACACGUCUGGGGAGUUGAGGUUGGAGCAGGGAGAGCCACCUUGGAAUUCUGGAGGCCUCAAGAGAAGAAUUUGGCAGCUCUUGGCCCGACCUGGAUGAAAUUUGAGCCGGUUUAAGCCAACGACUGAAGGGAGGGGGGAGGAAUGAGAUGAGCUCCUCGGAGCUGCCCCGUGUCAGCCGGAGGGGUGGAGGUUUCUCCGUGUCUUGGUCUCCUCACUGCAGAGUUUAUGGAAAUUAAAUGGAUUUUUAUUCCCA